AUGGUUUCGGUCUCCAGAAUUAUGUUACCACUCUCUAUGUUCUUAACCAUACUUUUGGCUUCAAAGUUCAAGGCUGGUGAGAGUGGAAUUUUUACUGACAAUGUGAAAGUUCUAAUCACCAACAAAUUAACUAAUAUGUUGCUCGGUCUUCAUUGCAAAGACAAGAAUCAUGAUCUUGGGUUUCAAGUAUUGCAGGUUGGACAAACAUACAGUUUCGAGUUUCAGAUUACUUUGAUAUUGAAUAAGCUGUAUUAUUGCAGCUUUAAUUGGAGAACAGGUUCUCACUAUUUUGACAUUUAUGAUCAAGUGCGAGAUAACUGCACUUUUUGUGUUUGGCAUAUUUAUGCAACGGGACCAUGUCUUGUUAGAAAAGAUGAUCUUGAUUGCUUUCACUGGAACACAAUAGCUCACGGAGGGAGGCAUCUUAGUAAAGGGAAUAACACUCUUGAAGUGUAA